AUGCUCGAUAUAUUCCUAGACGCGUUUUGGCUAGGGGAAGAUACUCGCCAAAUUAAGAAACACCUUUUGAUUGUGGCGGUUGAUCAAACGGCGUACGAUAGGUGCAACUUUCUAGGACUACAUUGCUAUAAGCUACAAACAGAAGGUGUGGAAUUCGACGGCGGGGAGAAGCUUUUCAUGUCUGAGGAUUUCUUAAAGAUGAUGUGGCGAAGAACACUCUUUCUUGGAGAUGUUCUCAAGCAUGGAUACAACUUUAUCUUCACGGAUAUGGAUAUACUGUGGCUAAGAAAUCCAUUUAAAAUGCUCCAUAACGACGAAAGCUUGGACCUUCAAAUCAGUGUCGAUAGGUUUAAUGGCGAUCAGUGGUCAGAUGAAAACCCAAUCAACACGGGCUUCUACAUGAUCAGGUCAAACAACAAAACCAUCGCAUUGUAUGACCAAUGGUACGGAGAGAAAGACCAUUCGGUCGGGAAGAAAGAACAAGACGUCCUAUACGAUAUUAUGCGAAAAGGGGAGUUUAAAAGAUUAGGAAUGCGAGUUAAGUUUUUAGACACGAUUUAUUUUAGUGGAUUUUGUGAAAAUAGUAGAGAUGUUAAUGAGGUUUCAACUGUUCAUGCUAAUUGUUGCCGAAGUAUUCACGCUAAAGAAACCGAUCUCAUCAAAGUUCUUCAUGAUUGGAAGAAGUUUAAGGCCAAUUCCUCCACGAACGGUAUUUCGACGGAUGAUCAGUUUCGGUGGUCGGAUCAUACAGCCUGUCAGAAUUCAUGGAACCGAUGA